CUGCUGCAAGCCACGAAGCAUGUCUGGGGCACUCGACUUGUGCCUCCUCUGUCUCAGCCUCCACCUCCUGGGCAGCUCAGCCUUCAAUCUAGACGUUACUGAGACCAUCCUCAAGUAUGGAGACCCCGGCAGCUUCUUUGGCUUCUCGGUGGCGUUGCACCAGCAGCUCAGCCCUCAGCCUGUCAGCUGGUUGUUGGUGGGAGCACCACAGGCUGCUGCUUUGUCGAGUCAAAAGGCAAUGAGGACCGGCGGCUUGUAUGCCUGCCCCCUUACCCAUGAGACUAAUGACUGCAAACGCGUGCCCAUCGAUGAGGGAGUUGACCUGAAGAAGGAGAGCAAGGAAAAUCAAUGGCUGGGAGUCACCGUCAAGAGCCAGGGCCCCGGCGGCAAGAUUGUGACCUGUGCCCACUUGUAUGAAGCCCGUAACCGGGUCAAUGAAACUCUGGAGACAAGGGAUGUGAUCGGACGCUGUUACGUACUCAGCGAGGGGCUGCAAGAGUCGGAUGAACUGGAUGGUGGCGAGUGGAAAUUCUGCGAAGGGCGGCCACAGGGGCACGAUCGCUUUGGCUUCUGCCAACAAGGGAUGGCAACCGGCUUCACUGCAGAUAGGCACUAUAUCCUCUUUGGGGCACCUGGCACCUACAACUGGAAGGGGACCAUGCGGGCAGAGCUGAGUGGCUUGGAUCUGAGUCACUACGACGACGGGCCGUAUGAAGCCGGGGGAGAAAAGGACCAGGACCCCUCGCUCAUCCCAUUGCCUGCCAACAGCUACCUUGGGAUAUUGUUUAUGACAAGCGUUGAUAGCUCAGACCCUGACCAGCUGGUCUAUAAAACGACAGAGCCCAGCGAACGGGUCCCCGGGAUUGUUGGAGACGUGGCCCAGAAUAGCUACUUAGGCUUUUCUCUAGACUCCGGUGUGGGGAUGACCAGGAAGAACGAGUUGAGUUUUGUAACAGGGGCGCCCCGUGCCAACCAUACUGGGGCAGUGGUGAUCCUGCAACGAGACAAUGUCAACCGCCUGGUGCCGGAGGUCAUCCUCCCAGGAGAGAAACUCACCUCGUCCUUUGGCUAUUCGUUGGCUGUGGUGGAUCUUAAUCAUGACGGGUGGAUGGACUUGGUGGUCGGGGCACCAAAUUUCUUUGAUCGCAAGGAAGGGAUUGGAGGCGCAGUUUAUGUUUACAUCAACCAGGCAGGGCAUUGGGAAAAUGUCCUCCCCGUACGGCUCAAUGGCUCUUACGAUUCCCUGUUUGGUGUCACAGUGGGUGCUGUUGGUGACCUCAAUCAAGAUGGCUUCCAAGACUUUGCAGUCGGAGCACCAUUGGACGGCGAUGGCAAGGUCUACAUCUAUCAUGGCAGUAAUUUGGGAUUUGUCACCAAGCCUGCUCAGAUCCUUACCGGGGAGAGUGUUGGCAUCAAGAUGUUUGGGUAUUCUUUUUCUGGAGGUUUGGAUAUUGAUGGCAACUUCUACCCAGAUCUCCUGGUGGGAUCACUCUCUGACACGGUAGUGCUGUACAGAUCCCGACCUGUCGUCCACGUCUCCAGAAAUGUCUCCAUCACCCCCCAGAACGUCGACCUAGAGCUCAUGAACUGCCGCCAUUUUGAGGGCAUCUGUGUGGAUGUGAAAGCCUGCUUCAGCUACACAGCCAACCCUCCAAGCUACAGCCCUCCCAUCGUGCUUGAAUAUACUUUUGAUGCUGAUACUGAUCGCCGGGAAUUAGGCCAGGCUUCCAGAGUCACCUUCCGGAACCAGAGGAUCACAGACCCUGAACAUCAGUACUCCGGCACAGUGGAGCUGCACAAGCAACAUGUCCGUGCUUGUGCCAAGGCCACGUUACAGCUGAAGGACCAAGUCCGUGACAAGCUGCACCCCAUCGUGGUGGUGGUGAGCUAUAACAUCAAGCAUGCCCGUAGCAGACGCCAGGCCCAGGGCGCCACCCUGGGCCCACUGUCGCCUGUGCUGAGUGCCCUGCCGCCUAACACUCAGAGAACGGAGGUGAAUUUUCUCAAGCAGGGUUGUGGGGACGACAAGAUCUGUCAAAGCAACCUGCAGCUGACCUACAAGUUCUGCUCUCGUAUUGAUGACGCUGUCUUCCAUCCCCUGCCCAGGGGUGAAGAUGAUUUGGCUGUUUUUUCCAUGAGUGACCAAAAAUUUGUAGCCCUUGAGAUCCAUCUCACCAACUUUCCUUCGGAUCCAGCUCAGCUACAGCAGGAUGGAGAUGAUGCCCACGAAGCCAUGCUGUUGGUCUCUCUGCCACCUACCUUGCCUUACUCCACUUUGCGCCCCUACAAUGCCUUGGAGAAGGUCCCAUCCUGUGUGUCUAACCAGAAUUCCUCAUAUGUGGAAUGUGAUCUUGGCAACCCCAUGAAACGUGGAGCACAGUUUCGGUUCUACCUUGUUCUGAGCACCUCGGGCAUUACCUUGGAGACCUUGGAGCUGGAUGUAGGGCUAGAACUUAGCACGACCUCAGAGCAGCCAGAGUUGGCCCCAGUGGCAGCGCGCGCCCGUGUGGUCAUAGAGCUUCCUCUCUCCGUUACUGGAGAGGCUGAACCACAGCAGCUCUUCUUCAGUGGGGAGGUACGCGGUGAAAGUGCCAUGAAGAAGGAGAGUGAGGUGGGCAGUCCUGUGCGCUACAAGGUGACGGUCUCCAACAGAGGCCAGUCAUUGAACACACUGGGCUCGGCCUUCCUCAACCUCAUGUGGCCCCAUGAAAUUGCCAAUGGGAAGUGGCUGCUCUACCCACUGAAGAUGGAGCUCUCAACCCAGGCUCAGCAUCGCACAAGAUGCAGCCCGGGACCCAACACAUUAAAACUGCAUCUGGAGCCGCCUAAUCACAUUAGGAAGAAGCGAGAGGCUGAGCAGACAGAGAUGCCCAGCCAGUCACUGACUUAUUGGGAGAGGCGAAAGAAUGUUACCUUGGAUUGCGCUAAGGGCACUGCUUGUUGCCAGCUCUUCCAGUGUCCGCUCUACAGCUUUGACCGCUCAGCUGUGCUCACCGUCUGGGCCCGUCUCUGGAACAGUACCUUUCUAGAGGAAUACUCUGAUGUGACAUCAGUGGAAGUGAUUGUUCGAGCCAACAUCACUGUGAAAUCCACCAUCCGCAACCUGAUUCUGAAGGAUGCCACUACACAGAUCCCAGUGACUGUCUACUUGGAUCCCAUCGUGGCCGUGACGCGAGGUGUGCCCUGGUGGAUCAUCCUCAUUGCGGUACUAGCUGGCAUCCUAGUGUUGGGCCUGCUAGUCUCUAUCCUGUGGAAGCUCGGCUUCUUCAAACGCGCCCGCUACCAAGAAGACAAGGUGCCGCAAUACCACGCAAUCAAGAUUCCCCGCCAGGAGCGCCAGCUUUUCCACGAGGAGAAGACAGGCACCAUCACCAAGAAGGACUGGGUCACCAACUGGAGUGGGGACAGUGAUGGUCAUGUUCCUGUCUCUGCUUAGAUACAUCCCCAUUCUGGGCUCCUGUGGCAAGCCUCUGAUUGGGAGGGAGCUGCUACUUGAGGGACCUCUCUGGUGGUACUGACCUGACAGCUCUUGCCUACUCUCCUCUCUGAAAGAUCGCAGACACUGGACUGCCCCGUUUUAGCAGGGGGAGGGGCGCCCAGCAGAGAUUUAGGGAGACAUGUGCUUAACGCUGGGGGUUAUGGUGACUGAUGCUACAAGGCCAAAAAUUCUAAGGGGUUUUCCUGGUACUCUGCUUUUUUCCGGUAAAGCUGGGCAGUGUCUGAUGGAGGAAACGUAGCAGCAACGUUAGAAGGAACCCUCUGCUUUUCCUGUUUCCCCAAAGAGUUAUCUGCUGAAAAAGAAAGGAACUGUACACCCUGCUGUUGAGAGCAGGGACUGCAUGGUCUUCUUCACUUCAGAAGGGGCACACAUUUGCUGGAAGACUUGACUCUUUGGGAAUGAGAACUUGGAUUCCUUGCGUGUGUUACAGGGCCUCAAAGCCAAAACAAACAAAAAAACCUGUCGUGAAGAAGGCACGAGAGACUGUCACUUUCUUCAUGCUAGCCUUUUGUAAUUUAUAUUGUCAGACUAAUAUCAGAGACGCUGGAUGCCUGAAGUUGAGAGCUGGGAUGGAUCACAGAUGACAUGCUUUAGUAAUAGAGGUUCUUAUUACUGUUGUUUAAGGAGUGAUACCAAAAAGAUCCUCUUGGUGGUUCUCCAAUGGCUUGCCGUCUUCUUUAAAAACAAGCAAGGCUUGGAUUGUUAUGGAGUCAUGUCAUUGCUGAGCCUUAAAUAUGCACUGGCAGACACACAGCAUGCAUGGGUGAUUCAGUGCACCAGUAUCACAUGGAAGCUUAGCAGGGGGAGAGCCUGCUUCACCCAGCAACAAGGUAGAAAACGUUUGUGCCUGCACAGAAUGCAACAGCACGUUUCUGAGCCCCUCCAUUCUCUCCUCCUUCACCACAUGACAGUGGCACCUGUGCAGUGCAAUCCAAUACAUGUCCACUCAUAAGUAAAUUCUUCUGAGUUCCAUGGGACUUAUUCCCAGGUGUGUGUGUGUGUGUGUAGGAUUGCAGCCUCUGUUGUGAUACCCGACACACAUACACACCUGGCACCUUUUUCCUGGGUGCUCUUAGGGAAGUCCCUGUCUCUUUGGCCACGCUUCCUUCUUUAAAACAUUGGGACUCAGUGACCUACUUCACAAGGGUAGUUUGAGGAUGAUAAGCGAAAAACUUCACAAUCCUUAUUGAUAAUGUUAUGAAAAUGUUGAAUAAUAAAAACAAAUGGGUCAAGAUGGAGCCAUGCUCAAAAACAAAGACACGUUAGAGUCUGCUACUUAUCCACCAAACCACACUGUCCAACAUACGUUUAAUGUAGGAGCAAAUUCAUCUUUUCUUAUGGCUUAAAGAAUGAGGAGUUGGUGAAUGAGGGAAAUGUCAGCUUCCCUCCAAACUUCUGAAAUGGCUUCACUGCUAUAGAACACGUCUGUGUUUUAGCUCCUAAAUCCAACUAGCUGUGUCUCCUUCACUGGUCUGAAAAGUGUUGAAGCUAACAAGGAUUUUAUCAGUAAGACUGUCCCUGU